GUACUACUUCCUCUCACGCUCCGCGUCGGGAAGGUGGGUCCCACGCGGUGUCAAUAUGAGGAUCGAGAAGUGUUAUUUCUGCUCCGGGCCGAUCUACCCAGGCCACGGCAUGAUGUUCGUCCGCAACGAUUGCAAGGUGUUCCGGUUCUGCAAAUCCAAGUGUCACAAAAACUUCAAGAAGAAGAGGAACCCACGAAAGGUCAGGUGGACUAAGGCCUUCCGUAAAGCAGCAGGCAAAGAGCUCACGGUGGACAACUCAUUUGAAUUUGAAAAACGUAGAAAUGAGCCUGUGAAAUACCAGCGAGAGCUGUGGAAUAAAACUAUUGAUGCAAUGAAGAGAGUUGAAGAGAUCAAACAGAAGCGCCAGGCUAAAUUCAUAAUGAACAGGUUGAAGAAAAACAAAGAGCUGCAGAAGGUUCAGGACAUCAGAGAGGUCAAGCAGAACAUCCAUCUUAUCCGGGCUCCUCUUGCAGGCAAAGGGAAGCAGCUGGAGGAAAAAAUGGUGCAGCAGUUACAGGAGGAUGUGGACAUGGAGGACGCUUCCUGACCGCGCUGCCUGCAACCAGCCCUGUGCACACGGGAGUCAAGCAGAGACUUUCGGCCCCUAAGUUAUUGAUUGGUUCCAUAAGGUCCCUCAGACGAGGGUGAUUUAACGUGCUUCCCCCUAAACGUUGCAGCCUGUAAAGCAUCCCCUUGUGGGUGUUAGGUCUCAACUCGGCAUUCUGCUUCACUGUGCUAUGCUCAUGCAAACAGGACAGUUAUGUGUGGAUGAAGACAUGAACUGUGGGCAUAACAUGGCUCAGCUGACCGCCUGCCAGUGUGAAAUUUGACAUGAUGUGAUAUAUUCCUUGCAUUAGGAUCGUCUGUUUGUUAGGGUUAUUGAAUUGGAGGUCACACAGGGACUGACUGUUCUCAUGUCUACCUGACUAGUAUGCUUAGUAGAGUUGCGUAAUGGCAGGAUACAAUACAGCUGAAUUAUGUUGGUCUGUCUGACCUGCCUUGGCCAUUCUAAUAGGCAGCUGCGAUGGUGGAGGAGGGCUGGGUUGAUAAACUUUGCCUGAAUGGCACCUUACUGUUUUUGCUUUGGAGAAUGCUCAAUUCCAAGUUGUGACAUCUGUCCCAAAAGAUUCUCCUCUCCUUCCAGCCCAGCAGUGAUCUAGAAGCAGAAGAAUCUUCGUGCCUUUCAAAGUUUAGUGUGCAGUUUUCUUUUCCUUCCUUCUUCUUUUUUUUUUAAAGACAAGAUCUCUUUGUGUAGUCUGGCUGUCCUGAAACUCUGUAGACCAGGCUGCCUUGGACUCACAGAGUUCCACCUGCACUUUGCCUCCCCAGUGCUGGGAUUUAAGGCAUGCACCAUCAUAUCAAGCAUUUUUGAUUUUUUUUUUUAAACCUUAAAGAAACAACCAAAAAGAAACUCUGACUUUUGGAAAGUAGAACUUAUGGAUACUUAUUAUUUGUACAUAAAUAAAGCCCUUUCUAAGGUAAA